AUGUCACAACCAAGAAAUGAAUAUUGGGUAGGUAAUAUCUAUAAUUUUAGAAGUAUUGAAGAUGUUAAAGUUAAGAAUGGAAAAAUUAAACCAAACCACAUAUUUAGAGGUGGUUUUUUCUUUAAUAAAGGAGAAGAAGAUAUUAAAAAAUUAAAUAGUGAAAAAGGAAUUUGUUCUCUUGUUGAUUUAAGGUCAUCUGAUGAAGUUCCUUCUGGAUUUGGAGAAAUGGUAAAUAAAUGUGGGUUGAAUUUUUAUAACGCACCAUUGAUUCCAUUUUGGAGAAGUAUCUUUUAUAUGAUAUUUAGAGUACCUUUUAAGGUUAUGUUCCAUUGUGCAUAUUUGAUUCUUUCUGCUAUACUCACUUUAAGACUCCAUCUAUUUGUUAGUGCAAUGAAAUCUACUUCAACUUCAUUACCAUUAGGAUGGUACUAUCCUGUUAUUUAUCAUUAUGGUCAAAAAGAAUUAUACGGAUUAUUUAAAUUUAUUGCUCAACACUCAGAUAAACCAUUCAUCUUUUAUUGUUCUUUUGGUAAAGAUAGAACAGGUCUUAUUGGAUGCAUGUUAGAAAUGUUGUUAGGGGCUUCAUUAGAUGAAUGUAUUACAGAUUACAAAUUAAGUGAUAGAAGUUUAAAAGAUCAUUUAAUUGUUGCAAAAGAUCAUUUCAAAACUUUUGGGGGUGAUGAAAAGGGUAUUGAUUUAGCUAAAACAGAUUCUAAACUUCUUAUUGAUUUUGAACAUUUCAUUAAAAAGAAAUAUGGAACCAUUGAUAAUUACUUAAUUAAAUUUGUUGGAUUAACUCAGCAGGAUAUUGAAAUUAUUCGCACUAAUUGUUUACUUCAUACUGAAUAA